AUGGCAUCCAUGAAAGAUAAGAAGCCAAUAUCAAUAUUGACGGAUGGCGAUGAGGCGAUGCGUAAAGCCAUUGAUGAUGUGUUUCUCAUGUCUAACCAUCGGUUGUGCUCAUGGCAUGUGUCAAGGAAUGCACAAAAUAACUUGAAGGAUGAUGAAUUGCUAAGAAAUUUUCAGGCAUGUAUUUGGGAACCAUUUGCAUUGGAUGAGUUUGAGAAAAAAAUGGAAGGUUUUGAGGGAAAAAGCGAGUACUCCGAAACAAAAAGAAUGGUUGGAAAUGAUGUAUCCAAAAAGAGACUCAUGGGCUGA